CAAAGUAGUUCAAAACAAAGAAAAAACACGUCAGUACUUAAAUACUUAAGCUAAAAGUGUCUUUCGGCCAGGCCAAUGAGUUAUGAGAUAUAUGUGAACACCCUGAACUCAACCCUACAGGCUUUCGCCCAACAAGUUGAACACUUUUCUAGCGUCGCUCUACAAGCUGUUGUCCAAUUUUACAGCGAAUUGAUCAACCUCGCUGCCGACUGGCAUUGGCAGUGGCAAAGUCCCGUUGAGUUUACAGCAUUACAGGCAACGUUGCUGAAGGUGCUGUUAAUACUAUUACUGGGGACAGGUGUGCUAAUUGCGUGGGCGUGGGGCGUUUACGGUCGUGUGAUCACUGAAAAGUUUGUCAGGCCGAGCACUUUAAAGGAAAUUGAAGAGCUCAAAUUAUCUGUAGCCAAAUUGAAGUUGCCGAAGGAGCAUUCACCCAGAAUUUAAGAUCAUGUCAAAAAUCAAGCGAUUCUUUUCCAAAAAGAAGGAGGAGGCCGCCUUCAAGAUGCGAUUAGGCGGCGGCAUGGGUCAGGGUCAUAAGUUGAAUGAG